UUUUCAUACUGUUUCACAAAUUAUCUGAAUUGAAAACGAAUUAAAAUACCUCUUGGUUAUUUAAUCCAAAGUAAAUUAAAUACACAAAAGAGUUCUGUUCUUGUUAUUAAAUUAUCUUUACAAACAUAUUCUAAUUAUUUAUCAAUUUCGUAUUUAUAUAUUUAUAUUUUUCAAAAUAAUACUUGAAGUAAAGGAUACGUAAAGUAUCUUGACUUUAUUUUUAUCAUCAUAUACAUCUAAAAAUAGAUUACAAAAUGUCUGAAAGCAAUAUUGAAAUGGAUAAUGGAAGCACAUCACAAAAGAACACCGGAGAACCUUCAAUCGUAUACAAAAACAUUGAUGUCAAAACAGAGUUGGAAAGUCUUGUUAAACUUCUAGAUGGAAAAAUAUACAAAGAAGAGGAAAUUGCUAUGGAAGAAUUACAUCAAUAUUUGAUCGAAGAUGAUGGCUGUUGGGCGCUGAGUGAUAACUUUUUAAAUUUUGUUGGUCGAAUCUUUAAAGAUAUGUCAUUUUCUCCGGAAACUAGAAUUCAUUUAAUAAGAGCUCUAGCAUGUGCUGCUCUCAACGAUGAUAUUAUUAUUUUGUUACACCAAGAUAGAAAGGAACACACAUUGAUGAACUUCGCAAAUGAUUUUGACAAACAAAGUCCUGAUGAACAACGAGCUUGGGGAACUUUUAUGUGCAAUUUGUUUGAAAAUCCAAGUUCAUCUGAGUGGCUUUUAUAUAUAUCUGAAUGGCAAUACAAUAACCAGAAUAUUUCGAAUUUAACAGUAACAACAAAAGUGACAGUUCAUUGUUUGCUUUCGAAUUGCCCUACUCUCAAAGAUAUUGGAACAUCGAUUUUGUUUAAUUUAGCCAUAAAAGACGUUAAAACAGUGGUCUUCGAUGACGUUGCUGUAGAACUGACGAUGGCAAUUCUUCAAUUUUUCAAUAGUAACCCCAGUGAAGUGCUAGUAUACAGAGCACUCCGUGCCUUGGUUCGAUUUAUGGAAGUUUCAAAAGACGUGGGUUCGUUUAUUCAAAUGAUUGGACCUCAUCCAAAAACCUUCUUAGGAAUGAGCGAGCGUAUCGACGAGUUGGUGAAUUUAGUUAUUUCAAAGAUUCCUGUUUAAGAAUGAAUAAACUGUAAAAUAUGUUAAGUUUACUAUAUUAAAUUGUUUUGGCAUUUCUCUUA